AAAAAGUGCCGGCAAUAUUUUUUGAUGAGCGUUUGCAUAGAAGCCCUCCGAAUAUUAGAUUAUGCCCAUGUAGUCCUCAGCCCGACCCCAUCUCUCUCAUCUUACCCGCACGCAGGUGACCUCGCUCGAGUCCCCUCUCACGCCCUUGCGAUGCCGCCGCCACCCACGGCUCCGACCGUCGCCGGCCGCCUCCUCCGCCGCGGGUCGCUGGCACAGCUCCGCUCGGGUCUUCUCCCUCAAUUUCUCGCCGCCGCGACGCUGCUGUCCUCCCGUGCGCGCCGCCACGGCAAACCCUAGCCGUGCGGCUCGUCUUCGCCGGCGUGGCCGCGUCCUCGCGCCUCCGGCUGCUUCCCUCCAACAACUACGGCUCCUCACGUUGUCUACGACCCGCUCCAACCUCCAGUACCAUGGCUGCUCCAAUUAUUCACUCACCGGUAGCACGACGGAACCUGCCUCAGACAUGUCAGAGGCCGGCGACCCCCUGGACUCCCUCCCGGCGGCGAUCCUCGCCGACGUCCUCGGCCGCGUCGCCGACACCGGGGACCUCGCGGCUUGCCGCCUCGCCUCGCGCGCGCUCCUCGCCGCCUCGUACCACUGCCCGCGGGUGAGCCUCAGCGCGGCCGCCCGCGCACGCCGCCGCCGCCGCGAGGGCGGGGGUGGGAACGGGGGAAACGCCUUCCGCGCGGCCGCCGCGAACUUCGCCUCGCUCAUCGGGCCGUACCUUCGGUCCCUCGCGGUCGACGCGUCCGACGGGCAUGAUUUCCCCGACGACGCAGUGUGGGUGGAGGAAGGGGAGUUCGACGAGGGCGACGACCUGCACCUCACCAGCGGGGAGUCCGUGGCGUCCUGGGCAGCCACUGCCGCUGGUCCCGCCCUCCGGGAGGUGGACAUCGCCGACUUCUGGCCGCAGUCGUGCUGGCGGAAGGCGGAGGCGCUGCCCGUCAUCUCCAACUUCUGUCAUAAUCUCGUUAAACUGAAGCUGAAAAAUGCAUGGCUAUCUGUUGCUGGGCUCAAGAUAAUGCCAAAUCUGACUCAUCUGGCACUUGAGUUCAUUAGAUUAGAUGACGAGGACCUCAGCGCACUGAAUAGAUGUUUCCCUUGCCUUGAGACUCUCAACCUUAUUGGAGUCGGAGGGCUUAAGGACCCGAAAAUUGACCUUCCCCAACUGAAGACUUGCUGCUGGGAGGUAUCAAAUAUUCCGCGGUCUCUAGCUAUCCACGCACCUAAAUUGGUUUAUCUCGAGUUAAAAUGUGUUCACCCGGAAAUCCUCAUUAAUUUGCAGUUGACAUAUGCACCUGCCGUAUGUGCAUUUGCCAAUAUAAGUAUAUUCACUUGAAUUCAUAUAGUCAGGAGCAGCAUGAUAUACAGUCUACAAACAACCUGAGAGCUAGCUAGGAAGACAGUAGACAAAGAAAGAGCUGAGGCAUUUGCCAACAGCCUUAUUCUCGGUUUCUUUUUCAAAGAGGCUAGAGCAAUUUGUGUAUAGGUUGUUCACUUGAAUUCGAAUAUCGCAUCUUGAAUUAUAUGGCAGUCAUAUAUCUUGGGUACAAAGGGUACUUGUGUACUUUUAUUAGCUCAGUGAUUUAAGUUUUGCGUAUCGCGUACGGUGCAGAGGGACAUAGGAGAGCAGUGACAGAGAUUUGUGGAGUCCAGUCCACUAAAUUCUUACGCUUCGAAGGAGGUAUAUGGCUUUAAAAACACCCUGCUUUGAUGUGUCAUCCAUAUCGAAGCAUGUAUUCAGCAGUGUCAAGGUGUCCCGUUCGAGGUGACACUCGCGCUUAGGUCAUCCAGCUACUCCCAUAGUUCAGCAUAUUUUGCAUCGUCAUGAACUUCCAUCAGAGUCAUUCAAUAAAGAUGUAAUCUGUGAUGCUU